ACAGUCCCUGGAAAAGAUUUACAUCCAACUACAAGCCGUUUGGAAAAAAAUUGACAAGCGUCGACCCAACCCAAUGAAAUGCCUAGAAGAUAUGACGGUUUUCACACAAAUUCAACAACAAAAUCGUCUAUAUCAAUUUCUACAGGAAAUAAAUGAUGAGUUUGAUGCUGAAAAACAAGAUAUACUCAAAACAGAUCCACUCCCGUCGGUAGAAGAGGCGUAUGCCCAAAUCCGAAGGGAGGUAGCAAGAAAAGGCAUCAUGAAAAGAGAAGGGGGUGGGCCAUCAUCCGGAGAGACUCCCUCAGGUAUUGGCAGUGGCCUUGCGGCCACACGUGAGUGGCGGUGCGAUCGGAAAAUCACCAAUCGUCAUCUCGCACCUAUGAAGACAAAUCGCACUUAAAGUGUACCUACUGCGGCGGAGUGAAACACACGGCCUAUGGGUGCUUUAAGCGGAUUGGAUAUCCGGAAUGGUGGCCGGAUAGUCGGAAAAGAGAGAAGAAACCACCAGUACCGUCCGGGGUCGCUGGGGCAGCGAUGGGCAAUCCAGGGACCACCAGCACCACUGCCGACCAGUUGCCUGAGUUUUUCGCCGGUGUCGCCAUGGGAGAAGCUCGCUGCAGAGAGAGAGAGGAAGCUACUGGCGGCGGAAAGAAAGAGGCAGGUUUUAAAAAUCGUUUUACGGAGCAUUAAAGGGCUCGGUGAUCCCGGGGGCUAUCAAGAAUUAGAUGGAGAAGUUAAAAGGGCCCAGUCACCUGGGACUUGACCCAUAAUCCAUUCUGCAGCUACAAAGCACUUAAGACUCCUACUUCGAUUUUACUUGUGCGAGUACGUAGAAGACUUGGACUCAGCUUUUGAGUCCUAAUUCAAGAAGGGAAGCAAAGAAUCCAGGCCCUAUAAAGGCAUCUCAACGCAGCCGCGAGGAGAGGAGGGGACGAGAACACACGCAGAUAGCAGCGGCAAAGGAACCUGAGAGGGUACUAUCCUACGGGGGUCUGGACUUCGGUCCAGUUCCCCCAAUUCUUCCUUGAUGCAUUAAAUUUACUCUGUUUUUUUUAGAGUGUCAACUCGACACUAGUUAUGUACGGAA